CAGUGUCGUCUCCUUCAGGAAGAUGACCUCGUCCCCAGCUGGAUGCUGCUGCCCCUGACUCAGGCCCGGCUCUCUGAAAAUGUCCUGGACGUUCUGCGGCUCCACAGGAUGAACCUCGGUUUUGGCAUUGAGACCCAAGAGCUGCCCAGCGCCAACCAGACCUCCAGGCCGCUGCGACAGGUGAUGUACGGCCUGCUGCUGGGCAAAGACAAGUUCACUCCAGUGGAGUUUGACAGAGCGGGUCUCAGCCUGAUAUCCGUCCCAGUGGAGCCAACGUUCACCAGAACCAGCCAGAGGCUCAGACUCGACUCCCUGCCGCAGGUGGCGCUCUCUGACCGUCUGAACGUCCUACUGGAAGCUCUGGGAGUGACCCAGGAGUCUCUGCGCCUCCUGCCGCCUGAGCUGCAGCUCCCAGCAGCCGUCAGCUGCUACUGGGUGCAGACAGCUCAGCCUCCUCCAGACCUGCAGAGGGCGCUGCUGCUGGGGAUGAGCAACAUGCUGAGGUCCAGAACAGCUUUUCAGAAUAAGAGCGGCAUACAGAAGGUGGACGUCAACGUGUCUCAUGCCUUCAGCCAGUGGCAGGUCUGUAUGAAGGACAGCAUCCAACUGAACCAGCUGCUGGGCCUCCCUCUGCCAGAACCGGACGUCUCCAGGUUGUAUCAGGGGACGCUGGUCCACCAGCUGGUCCACAGGAUGAGGAGCGGCGGGAAGCUGAAGACCGUCCUGAGGAGCGACCGGCCCAGCGAGGAGCUGUACCGCUCCCUGCUCUCCGCGGUCCAGAGGAUCCGGUCCCGGACCCGCCGGACCCGUCAGAAAGCCGCGACCCGUUGGCAGCAGAACCCCCAGGAGCUGAGCGCCGACCUGCAGCGGCUGUUCCUGCAGGAUGAGGAGGCGGAGAGCGAAGCUCGGGCCGCCGUGGCGGCACAGGAGGAGCUGCGGCUGCAGGAGGAGCUGCUCCAGGUCCGAACCCGCUACAGAACCAAGGAGAGGAGCAACCGGAGCAAGAACCCGGAACUGGCCCGGAAGGAGGAGUGUCGGGGCCGGAACCUCCUCUGACCGUCCAGCUCCUGCUGCAGGGGGCUUUGAUGGUCGCCGUGGCUACCUGCUCUGGUCGCCGUGGCUACCUGCUGUAGUCGCCAUGGCUACCUGCUCUGGUCGCCAUAGUGUUAUUAUUUAGUAUGAUGUUUUCCAGAACCCGACUCUCCAGUCGAACAGAAUUUAUUUGGUUUCUAAACCAGGAAAUGAAAUCGUCCAGGAAGGAUUUUCUGUUUUAUAGAUCAGUUACAAUGCAGAUUAAAUCACAACAGGAAUAAAUGAUUAAUAUUUUUAUGCAUA